UCACGUCGAAAUCGAAUUUCGUAACCCUAGCAGGAGUUCAUGAAAUUCCCCUUUCCCAUCGACCGACUGAAUUAGGUUUUCGUUUUCCGAGUCUGAAUCCUGUCGGAUUUCCCGAAUCGUCCCGGGGAAGGACAUGGAUUCCGAAGGGCAGAGGCUUCCGUCGAAUCCCUCGGCGAUGCUGUCGUCUCUUCUGGCCAAGAGAGCCAAGCUCCACGAGGAGCUCCGCAACAUCGAGAAGCAGGUAUAUGAGAUGGAGACAAGUUAUUUGCAGGACCCGAGUCAAUGUGGGAAUGUGCUGAAAGGUUUUGAAGGGUUUCUUUCUGCAUCUAAGAGUACAGCCUUCAUGAAGCGCUCGAGGAAAUUUCAGCCUGAAGACAGGCUUUUCUCUUUGUCUUCAGUCACCUCACCAGCUGCUGAAGAGCUUGCAGGGGGAAGAGAUGAUGGGAGAUCAGAUCUUGGAGUUGGGAGAUCUAAGGGGGGUAUAUAUGCCAAUGGGCAGGGAAAACCAAAGAAGGGAAGACCAGCACCAAGAGAUGCAAAGAAAAACAGGGCUGCUGAACAAGAUUUUGACUAUGAAGAUGAUCCUGAUUUGACCUCCUAGAUUUCCAUGCUCUGGCAUUUAACCUGUCUUUAUAGAGGUUUUUCAAAAACAUAGUUUCCCGUAAAUUUGUUCUUGCAGGUAUAUUCUUUUUGUUUUUUAAACCCCUUUCAUAAUUUCUUAAUAGAAAUGGAAGUUGAAGUCAACGGGAACACCAUCUGAAUAUGUAGAGCUCUUUUUUCUUGGCACAUACAUAAUUUACCUCUUCUAUCAAUGAUUGUAAUUGAGGUUCAUGAAUCCUUUUGGAUCUCAAACUUGAGAAUUGCGAUUUUAUUUGGCGAGAGAAGGUGGCUGCAUAUAUAUUCUUUUCCAUU